AAAAAAUUGCGACCCCUUAGAGUUAAGCUACAACGCCUGGAUUGCGGGAGGAUUUUUUGUUUGUCAAUCACUAACAUUUGAGGUGGUAAGAUUUGAAAAAAAAAUCCACAAAUUUUUUUGAAGUACCCUAAUGUUCACAAACCAAUUACCGCAGCUCUUAAAAGUAUGCAACACUGCUUCCAUUCUAACAUAAAGUUUGAGCAUACACAGCUUUAAUGAAAUUUAUUCACACACACACCUUAGCGCCCCAGCCGAAAGAUAGUGUUCGUAAGUUCUAAAGCAUUUUUUGUUAUUUUUGUUAUUGGCAACCCUUCUCGUGUUCAGCUGUGCUUUGUUUCGUGCUCUGGCGAAUUUGUUUAAUUUUAUUUAAAACUUUAUUUGAAAGUGUCUGGAUUAAGUGAUCUUUUACGAUAAGUAUCAGUGUUAUAUUGUGCUGUUGAAUCAAUUGAUAUUUAGUAAUUGUGUGUUGGCUAAUUUUAAUUUAUUCCGCCGAGUCAUUUUAAAUUUGUUGUUGUGCUACAUUUUAAGUAGUGCAAUUGUUAGUGUUAAUUUACUUUGCUUACUUAAAUUUCUUUCUUGUUUUUAUUCGUUUCCAUCUUUGUCCACAGCUGUUCGCGAGUUUCUUACUUUUCGCGUAUUACAGUGCAUCUCAAACUGCUCGCUACAUUGGUUGUUAUCUUUGAUAACCAUCAAUUUUUAUUGCAUUCAUUUGUCAUAAAUAUUUUUGUCAUUGCUCGUUGUUUCAUUUAUUAUUUACCAUUUUUAUAUUUCUAUUUAAUAUUGUUUUUUUUUUCUUUGUUUUUUUUCUUUUUUUACUCAUUAUGACUUGUAACUUUCCGAACUGCUCUGUAAAAGGAUUCAUUUCUUGACAGUAAGGGAUUGCGCUGGUUUUGCUUAAAAUGCAGACCAACUGAAAUUGAAUUGUUUAAAGUCUUUAAGCAAGCGCGCAAUGGUUUCAAGGAGAUUGGUCAAGAGCUUGACCCUUACUGAAAAAUUUAGGCAUUAUGAAAUGCUUUUUCAAUCAUUUAAAUGUCUAAAUGUUCGGGAAGAGAAUCAAAAACCUUCAUCAAAACGUAAACGUCCGUCUGAUGAAGAUACCACUGUAUCUUCGUUAAAACGAAUGCCCCCACCCACUAUUGACCUUGUUAAUCAGUCAUCCCCUUGUCCUUAAGGUGAGAAAGUUCCGUCUGCUCAGGACACAGUGAAAACUGUUACUGAACACAGAAAGCAGAAAACUUCCCAAGAUCCGCCUGCAAAUACGUCCAAAUCAGCUACUAAAAACUUAGUGGUAAUACCGCGGAAAAAGGCAAUAUUUGUCUCUAGACUUUCUGUGGAUACCACAGUCGACGAUAUAAAAAAUUACAUCUCGUCGAAAUUAAAAACGGAAGAUACAGACAUCCGUAUAUUUAAUUUCAAAUACAACAGAGAUAUUUCGUCGUUUAAAAUUAACGUAUCCGCGGACAGUUUUCAAUCGAUACUAGAUAACUCAUUCUGGCCAUAGGGGUCUUUGUGCGCGAAUUCGAGCACAAACGUGGGCUUAUCACGUGUAGUUAUCACCAAAUUGCCAAGAAAUCCCAGUAUUACAAAAAACUAAUUAACAAUAAUUCGCUGAUUGUUUAUUAUCAAAAUGUUAGAGGUCUUAACACAAAACUUGCUGAUUUGUAUUUAAACAGCAUUCAUUGUAACCUUAAAAUCAUUGCUUUCACGGAAAAUUGGCUAAAGCCUCACAUUUUUGAUAAUGAAAUAUUCAUCAACGAAUUCCAAAUCUUUAGAUAUGACCGGCUGGACAGAAAAGGAGGUGGUGUCUUGUUUGCUGUUCAUUCUUCAAUUCCAUCUGAAGAAGUCGAUGUUUCGCAUGCAGACUUCAUAGAAUUUAAGUGCAUUCGUAUUUGCGCUAAUAGUGGCCAUAUCUACUUAACUUUAUCUUACAUACCGCCUCACUCGGACAUAUCUGUAUAUUUGCAGCAUGCUUCAUUACAGUUGCAAACAGACUUAAACAACCUAGUUUCUUGGUGUGAUAGAAAUGACAUGCCAUUGAACCUUAAAAAAUGUAAAACAAUGUGCUUUUCACGUUGAUCUGUAGACCCAACUUUAUACACAAUACAAAACUUUAGGUUGGAGCAAGUAUGCAGUUUUGUUGAUUUGGGAGUAACUAUGGACCCCAAACUCAAUUUUAAUCUUCACGUAUCCUCCACGGUUUUUAAAGCUAAAGGCGCUCUUAGUUUUGUUAAACGUUGGUCUAAAGAAUUUAGAGAUCCGCUUACCACAAAAAUUCUUUUUAUAUCUCUGGUGAGGCCUAUAUUAGAGUAUGCUUCUGUGGUAUGGAACCCUAGUUACCAAGUCCAUUCGGAUAAGUUAGAGUCCGUUCAAAACAAUUCUUACUUUUUGCCUUAAAUCAUUUGAAUUGGGAUUCCAGUUUAAAUCUUCCCCCUUACACUAACCGUUUAAAACUUAUAAAUCUCCCGACACUCGCUAUCGUAGGGAGAUGCUUGGUAUAAUAUUUCUUGUAAAACUCGGGAAUGGGUCGGUCUGUAGCCCAUCUCUCUUAUCUGAUAUUAAUUUUAACGUCCCCGCUCGCUCUACCAGGCAGUUUAGACCCUUACUUUUAAAAUUUUCUAGAACAAAUUUUGAGUUAAACGAACCAUUCCGCCGUAUAUGUCAUGAUUUCAAUUUUCAUUCCAGCACAUUUGAUUUAACAGACUCACUUUUUACAAUUAAAAAAAUUAUUUUAGCUACUCUUAACAAGUAAAAAGCUGUUGAAAUUUUUCUUUCUGUAGCUGAGCAGCUUAAGAUCGCAACGCUUAAAACUCUCUUGCCUUUUAUGACUCGGCUAAUUCCGCUCGUUCGCGGAUUGCGCCCCUCGCGUCGGUUGGGUGGGCGGAGGAUAACCGUUGGGUAUUAUUAUAACUGUUAGCUUUAAGGAAGGCAAGAAUGCAAUUUACUGUCAAUAGUAGGAAACUACCAGAAACAAGCAGACAUUGUUUGGUCAGAAGCAUGUCACUGUGCAAAAUCGAAUGACCGUGACCGUGAAUUAGGCUAUUCACCUUUGUGAGAGCACCGCUUAAGCAUAUGCAUAUCAAUUCUUACAUCCAUAUACAUAUGUUACGGUUUUCUAUUAUUUGUACAUAAUUGCAUUUUUUGUUCUCAUUUUCGCUUGCACUUUGCAACAGGUACAUAUAUACAUACGCACAAACAUAGGUAUUUCAUACCUACGCCCUCAUAAGCAUAUACGCACAAGCUUACGUAGCUAAUGAGAAAAUUAGGCACAAGAAGGGAUAAAAACCGGUGCUAGCAUAACAUUAAGAUAUUAUUAGUAUAGCAUUAGGAUAGUGAAGAGUGAACUAAAAUUAAUGUAAAACUUAAAUUAAAUAAAACCAAAAUUAUCAACUGGACAUUAAUUUAUUAUUGAGCUCCUACAUAAUUUGGCGACCGUGACAGGACAUGUGUUCUACAUUUAAUAUUUUCGAUCAAGAAAAGCCAAUAGAUUAAUGUCCAAGUUAAUUUAAAAUAAUUCAUUUUGCGUAAUACUGGCAAGAACUGGCUCUGCGUUUGUUCACCACUUGGAAUUUGCCCACAUCAUCUAUCAUCAGAAGCUGUGUAGCGGUAUCCAACAACGGAUCAUUUGGAUUGUUGUACCCGGACAACAUUCUGUGUAAGCGCAGAUAGCAAUUCUUGCCACACAUCAUCGUACUUGCCGCUGUAAUCAUACAUCCACAUUACACGUGGUUUUAUUAACGUACGUUCGAGAUCUUCUCAUCAACAUCUGUUGAAGUUACCGACAGUUCGUCAACUCGUCGCAGUCUCCGUGCAAGAUUACGGGACUCAUCACAUAACAGUUUCAUCGGAUUGCAGAUCUGCUUUUGCUACAUCUACAAUAACUGCAUCGCAUUCUUCACUGCUCAGGUACUCGUAUAUAUAUUUAUUUCUUGCCUUCAAAUGCCUAACAACAGUAAAGCCAAUGUGCCUAACAUGGCUGAUGAGGAACAAUCGCCUUUGUCCUCGCUGAUUCAAACGCGUUCAACGAUUCUUCGCAACCUGCAUAGUACAAAGCAACGAAUUGCUUGUGAAGAAGUCGACUGCGAUACGCAUGUUCUCGAAUGUCGACUACAAAUUGUUGAGUCCUACUUUCAACAAAUUUGUGACGUCCAGAACAACAUUGAAGCUCUUUCUCCGUCAGACCAAUCGAGAGCAGAAAUUGAAGAAACAUAUAUUUCAACAAAAUCCAAAAUUCUUUCGUUAAUCAACCCCAGAAACCGCGUUUCUGAGUUGAACACUAGCAUUUUCAACGCAACAACUUUUGGAAAUACUAGCAGUUACCAUAAUCGAUUGCCUUCACUUAAAUUGGCUAAAUUUGACGGCAAAUAUGCAGAAUUUAAACGUUUUUUCCGCACUUUUUGUAAUAUGGUGCAUGAUGAUCCAACAAUGCCAAAGGUGGACAAAUUUAAUUAUCUUUUAAACUGUCUUUCAGGACCAGCUCUUAGCGUCAUCGAACCCUUUCAGGUAACCGAAGAUAAUUACCCGAAGGCUAUACAGCGGCUCAAGGAAAGAUACGACAACAACGUAUUGAUUUUUCAAGAUCAUAUUACAUCGCUUUUCAACACUCCGGUUAUGAAAAGAUCUGACGCAGCAAGCCUACGUAAUAUUAUCGACACUGUUGCAGCGCUUCGAGGUUCGUUACUCUCGUUGGGCUCAGAAAGUGACAUAAUGAAUUCAAUGCUAAUUCAUAUCGUUUUAACCAAAAUUGAUUCCGAUUCAAAAUCAGCAUACAAUCAGAAGCAAGAGUUUGACCACUUGCCAUCGUGGGACGAUUGCUACAAGUGGCUGAAUCGACACUGUCAGUAUUUAGAAACCUGUGCAAACGGUGAAAACUCAAAGGUAACACAGCGAGAUUGUAAGCUACACGGUAAGAAAAAUGCAAAUUCAUUCGUUAAUGCGAUGUCGGCAUGUAUACAUUGCAAUAAUAUAGAGCAUAGCCUAAACAAUUGUCCUUCAUUUCUACAGUUGUCAGCUAAGAUGCGUUUUGAUUGGGUGAAGCAAGCAGGAGCUUGCAUCAAUUGCUUACGAAAAGGACACACCGUAUUUAAAUGCCCAUCAAAAUCUCGUUGCCGCGUAUGUCAUCAAUCGCACCAUUCUCAUCUUCAUUUCGCCACCGUUGGAACUACAAAUUAUCCAUUUGCACAAACAUUAGAACUUCAAGGGAAAGACAAUACAUCUGUGUCAUUUACUUCGCCGAAUCCAGCGCAUCAGUUACCAACUAAUCCAUCGGUUUCACUCAUCGCAUGCACACGUAAAAGAGCGAUAUUACCGACAGCUUUAAUUUACAUACAGGAUAAAUUUGGAGUGAUGCAGCCAGCUCGCGCGUUAUUGGAUUCCUGUUCCGAAUUGAAUUUCAUCACCGAAGAAACAGCGAAGCGUUUGCAGCUCAAAAGGUUUUUCUCAUAUCAGGAAAUCUCAGGUAUUUCAGAUAUUCGUUCUAAUUCAAAGUAUGCAGUAAAUGCGAAAAUCAAAUCUCGUACUGGAGAUUUUACUUGUCUGUCGGAAUUCGUUAUAACUAAACAUAUCACAACACAAAUUCCUAGUAGUUUUAUAAAUACUUCUAAAUGGAAUAUUCCUGAAAAUCUUCAGCUUGCGGAUCCAUACUUCUACAAACCGCAACGUAUAGAUUUAUUGCUCAAUGCAGAAGUAUUUUUUGAGAGCCUUCAAGAUUGUAGGGGGCAAUUUUGAAAAGCUUUCAAAUUCCCGCCCAUCCAUUUGCAAUGUCACACUAAAUUCAAAUCUAUCGAAUAUCGAUUCGAUUCUUCAACGUUUUUGGGAAAUUGAAAAUUUCACCGAAAAGGAAGCAACAUUGUCCUAAGAAGAACGUUUAUGCGAAAAACAUUUCAUUGAAACCGUGCAAGUGAAAAAUGAUGGACGAGUACAAGUACGGUUACCAUUUAAGGUUUCACCGACAAUAUUAGGCAACUCUUUCCAUAAUGCCAGGAAGAGAUUUCUCGCUCUUGAACGUCGUCUAUCUAACAAUAAAUUACUAAAAAACAUGUAUGCGGAUUUCAUAAAAGAAUAUAUUGAACUCGGGCACAUGGUUGCCAUAAAAAACUUUGAUUUCAAUAGUUCGCACUAUAUAAUUCCACAUCAUUGUGUACUCCGUCCACAAAGUACUACGACCAAGCUUCGGGUUGUAUUCGACGCCUCUGCGCGCACUACUCCUGAUCAUUCAUUAAAUGAAAUACUCAUGGUUGGAGCAACAAUUUAACCAGAACUAAUCAUCACAUUAUUAUCAUUUCGUUUAUAUCCCUACGUAUUAACCGCCGAUAUAUCAAAAAUGUAUCGGCAAUUUUUGAUUAACGAUCAAGAUCAACGAUAUCAACUCAUUUUGUGGAGAAAUGAACCUCAUGAGCCAUUACAGUUGUUUCAACUCAAAACUGUAACUUACGGAUUGGCUUCUGCACCAUUCCUAGCUAUUCACAGUUUAUUUCAUAUUGCUGAUGUCAAUAAAGCUGCCUUUCCUCUAGCAUCGUCUGCUAUUCGUGAAAGUUUUUAUGUUGACGAUUUGUUGACUGGUGCAGAUAGCAUAGACAACUUACAAAAACUAAAAAUUGAAAUCAUAGAAGUUCUUCGUUCUCAUGGUCUUUCUCUGACUAAAUGGCACUCGAAUUCUAAACAAUUAUCUGACGCAUCUUAUAAUGAAGUUGUAAUUAAAACAACUGAAGAAAACAUUACCAAAGCGUUAGGUACGUCAUGGAAACCUUUAGCUGAUACCAUUUGUUAUCGCUAUGAAUUACCAGAUAUGCUGUCAGUUACAAAGCGAUCUGUUCUAUCAAUUAUUUCCAAAAUAUUUGAUAUCCUCGGUUUAUUGAGCCCCGUGAUAAUACGUGGCAAAAUAUUAAUGCAAGAAAUUUGGAUUCGCCGAUUAGAUUGGGAUGAAACACUACCACCCGAUCUUCAUAACAUUUGGUUGGAGAUUAAAGCGGAUUUAAAUUUCAUUAAUAAAAUCGAAGUUCCUGGUCAUGUACAAACAUCAUCCAAUUCUCGCUGUGAAGUUCAUGGCUUCGCAGACGCAUCAACGCGCGCAUAUGGGUGCUGCAUUUAUUUACGUUCUAUUAUAAAGGACACUUACAAAACUACGUUACUUAUUGCUAAAUCUAAAGUGGCACCAAUUAAAGCACAAUCGCUUCCUCGUUUGGAGUUAUGUGCAGCACUGUUACUGAGUAGGACUUGGCAAAAAAUCAAGGAUAAGGUAUUAAAAUUUUGCACUAACAUAUAUUUUUGGACUGACUCAGAGAUAGUGCUAAAGUUGCUCAACAUUCAUUCGGCGACGUUAAAUUGCUUCGUUGCCAAUCGAGUCUCGGAAAUUCAGAAAA